AUGGCUGUGGUGGAUCCAACUCAGAUGCCGGUGAGCUUCGAGGAGGUGGCUGUGUAUUUCACCGCGGGGCAGGGGGCUCUGCUGGACCCUGCUCAGAGAGCCCUCUACAGGGACGUCAUGCAGGAGAACUAUGAGACUGUGACCUCGCUGGCAGGACGCCCCAUUCCCAAACCUGCCCUGGUCGCCCGGCUGGAAGCAGGGGAAGAGCCGUGGGUCCCGGAUCUCCAGGACUGCAAGGAAAGGAAGAUCCCAAGAGGCACCCGCAGAGGCAAUGACUCCUGCCUGGACUCCCUCUCUUCCCCAGCAGGUGAUGAGACAAUGAGUGAGAACGAGGAGGGGAAUCCACAGCAGGAAGGUCCUGACCAAGUGGAACUGCAGGGGAGGUUUUUGAGAAGAGCUGAAGGGAAUUUUUCCCAGUACUGGGAACAGAGAAAAGCCUGGAGUAAUCGGCACAGGUCAGAGAGGAAGUUGGGAAACCGUCAAAGGAAGAAAGUGAAUGAAGUAAUUGAAUGUGGGGGAGGAGGCAAGGAUCUCCAGGAAACCACAGCCCAGCAGACAAAUCCCAAGGAAAAGAAACCAUAUAAAUGCUUGGAAUGUGGGAAGAGCUUCAGUCGGCGCUCAGAUCUUAUUAAACAUGGUAGAAUCCAUUCUGGAGAGAGACCCUAUAAAUGCUUGGACUGUGGGAAAAGCUUCAAUCAGAGUUCAAAUCUUACUACCCAUCGGAGAGUGCACAUAGGAGAGAGACCCUAUAAAUGUUUCGAGUGUGGGAAAAGUUUCGGUGUACUAUCAACCUUUAUUAUACAUCAGAGAACUCACACAGGAGAGAAACCUUAUGAAUGUUUGGACUGUGGGAAAAGCUUCUAUCGGAGCUCAAAUCUUACUGCCCAUCAGAGAGUGCAUACAGGAGAGGGACCAUAUAAAUGUCUUGAGUGUGGGAAAAGCUUCAGUGCACCAUCAGUCCUCCUUAUACACCAGAGAACCCACACGGGAGAGAAACCUUAUAAAUGCUUGGAGUGUGGGAAAAGCUUCAGUCAGAGCUCAGGCCUUAUUAGCCAUGAGAGAAUCCAUACAGGGGAGAGACCGUAUAAAUGCUUGGACUGUGGGAAAAGCUUCAGUCGCCGCUCAGACCUUAGUAACCAUCGGAGAAUCCACACAGGAGAGAGACCAUAUAAAUGCUUGGACUGUGGGAAAAGCUUCAGUCAGAGCUCAGGCCUUAUUAACCAUAGCAGAAUCCACACGGGAGAGAGACCCUAUACAUGCUUGGACUGUGGGAAAUGCUUUUAUGGGAGCUCAAAUCUUACUGCCCAUCAGAGAGUGCACAUAGGAGAGGGACCAUAUAAGUGUCUUGAGUGUGGGAAAAGCUUCAGUGCACCAUCAGUCCUCCUUAUACACCAGAGAACCCAUACGGGGGAGAAACCUUAUAAAUGCUUGGAGUGUGGGAAAAGCUUCAGUCAGAGCUCAGGCCUUAUUAGCCAUGAAAGAAUCCAUACAGGGGAGAGACCAUAUAAAUGCUUGGACUGUGGGAAAAGCUUCAGUCACCGCUCAGGCCUUAGUAACCAUGGGAGAAUCCACACAGGAGAGAGACCAUAUAAAUGCUUGGACUGUGGGAAAAGCUUCAGUCGCCGCUCAGACCUUAGUAACCAUGGGAGAAUCCACACAGGAGAGAAACCCUAUAAAUGUUUGAUCUGUGGGAAAAGCUUCAAUCGGAGCUCAAAUCUUCAUACCCAUUGGAGAGUGCACACAGGAGAGAGUGGGAAAAGUUUCAGUGAGAGCUCAAAGCAUCAGGAGAGCAAUCAUCCGCCACAAGCACAGCAGCCAGGCGGCUUUCGGCGGCACACCUGCGGGCGGUCCGCUGGUCACACAGAUUCGGCGGCAUGCCUGCAGGAGGUCUGCCGGUGCCGCGCCUUCGGCGUACCCACCGCCGAAUUGCCGCCAAAACCGCGGCACCGUCGGACCUCCCAGUUUCCAGUUUUCACACUUGCUGUGAUCUCUCCCCUGGAACAAGACAAAGAGCCGAGGGUCCCAGAUCUCCACGAUUCAGAGGAACGAGAGAUCCUGAAAGGUGCCUGCAUAGGAGAGAAGGAAUCACCCCCUACAGCAGAGGAGGAGAAGCCUCAUACCCCUAAGGCUGGGAAGUCUGCUGCCAUCACUGCGAAUAGGAAACGUACGGUAGUGGUGGUCGGAGACUCUCUGCUGAGGGGGACGGAGGCGCCCAUCUGUCGCCCAGACAUUUCAUCUCGAGAGGAUGUCGACGAAGCCAUCACCACCCACUUGCCUGGCCUCCUGAACAAUGCGUUUCACUUCUUUGUCAAUGCGCUACGUAUCCGUGAGAACGUAAGCCUCGUGUACGUGGCCUUGAAACAGCGAAGCACGCCUUGGGUCGAGAGGUUGGAGGAUGGAGGUGGUAUUGGGGGGGAGAAAGACGACUUCAAUGUCGUUAUGUGCAAACUGGAGUGCCGCAGGGUGGCCAAGAGCAUUGUCUACGAUCAGCAACACUUUAAAGUCAAGUCCUUUCUCUUUGAGGUACCGCUUGACCUCCGGAAUGAAACACUUGUGGAACCAAUCCAGAAAUAA